AUGUCAAAACAUCAAAAACAACAACUAUACUUAAUCGAAUAUUUAGUUUUAAAUUAUUACCCUUCAUCAUUAACUAAUAUAGAUAAUAUACCAAUGAAAAAAAACAUUUCUUAUGAAUUCAAUAGAUCUAAUAUAAAUUCAUUAUCAAAAGAAAUAAUUGAAGAAACUCCUUAUCUUCGUUCUAAUAUUCUAUCAGUCAAUCGUGUAUCUCGUUAUAAUGGUAUUUUAAGACAUUUUGUAAGUGAAGCACAGAAAUAUUUACCUAAAUCCAAUGACAUACAACUCACAUCAAAAUCUGUUCUAUCACUACAAUCACAUGAAAAAGUUCGACAUCGUCUUUUUGUUGAGUCUCCCAAACAAGAUACAACUAGUUCUAUCUCCAAAAAUCAACCACGAAUAACAACUCGCAAAACCAGGGGUGUUAUAAAACAAUUAUUUACUUCUCCUUCAUCAUCAUCAUCUAACAUUAACUUUAUAAUUAAUGAUAAAUGUCAAAUACUUUUCUAG